AUUUUUAAAAUAUAAGAUUCAAAUGUUUUUUAAGAGUCAUUCAACAAAAUGUCUUCUUCUGUGAUAACGAUGAAUCUGUUGCUCUAAUUAUAAGCGAAGUUAUUAUAAUAAAAAAUUUUCUCAAAAAUUACAGAUAGUUUUAAUGAUAAUUUUAAAUAAAGUUUUUCUGAGUUUUUGAUUACAUAAUCAAUCAUUUGUGAUAUCGCUUUACUAAACAAGAGGUGAUAUUUAUAAGAAUUGUCUUAAAACCAUGACAUCUGCUUGGAGUCAAUUGGAACAGUUGCUCACAUGCUGUGUAUGUUUGGAUCGKUUCCGUAAUCCAAAGUUACUUCCCUGUCAGCACACGUUUUGUGGAGAGCCCUGUCUUGAAGGACUGGUCGACUACGCCMGGCGUCAGAUAAAAUGUCCGGAAUGUAGAGCCGAACAUCGGAUCCCUUAUAAUGGGGUCCAAUCUUUCCCAAACAAUGUGACAUUAGCUCGUUUUCUGGACCUUCACCGGGACAUCACUGGUGAAGAACCGGAACCAUUGCCUUCACAGAUGGACAGAUGUGGCGUUUGUUCUGAGAAGGCUUUCUGCGAGAAGUGCUCUCAUUGUGAUAAGAAAGUGUGUGAAGAAUGCAAAGUAGCACAUCUGGACAUUUUGAAACGUGAAAUCACAAGAAUCAAUGGUCAGAUCAGACGUGGACUCACUAAGUUGACAGAACAUUCUCAACAAUCGGGAAGAACUUGCGAUAAACUACAGACUACUAGUCGUCAGAUUAGAGAUGAAAUUACUGAAUGUGUCCGAAGAAUCAUCAAAGACUUGAAGGACAAGGAGGCAAAACUGUUACAUGAAUUGGAUGAAUACACACAAACUGAAUCAAAAGGCGGCGAAAAAAUGAAAGAAGAUUUAGAGCAGGAAUUGAUUAAUAUUACCAGUAAUUGUGAACUCGUCGAAAGUCAUAUCACUGAAAACGAAGAGUGGACUGACACAGAAUUGGUUGAAUAUAAAGAAAUAUUAGUAAAAACAUUGGAAUUUUUGAGAAACCUGGACCCGGAUACCAGUGAUGUCAACAGAAAAAUCAAAUUUCACUAUAAGAGUGACUUCGAUGCUCUCAGAAGAUCAGUCAUCGACUUUGGAGAACUUAAGAUAACGACACCAAAUGUUGCACUUUCUCCAUCAGAAAGCACUACAAAUCUAAAUUCAUUGUCAGUUCCCAAUCAAACUAAUCUAUUAAGAAGUCAAAGUGACCAUCGAUUGGCCGCUCAGUUCCAAUCGCAAAGAAAACCAGAAUCAAGAUAUUUGGAUAUAACUGGAAGUCAAAGUCGAUUAUCAAUGCUAUCACACAGUGAUACUGAAAGAGACAGUAGAUUAGAGCGAAAUACUUCACCGACGAGACAACGAUAUGGUAGAUAUGGUCGAGAUUUAGAGGAUAGAGAAACAAGAAGUCGAUAUGAUUCGGCUCUGACCAGAGGUUGGCCGCGACCUUCAGAUAAUGACGAACCGAUUGGAACGACAACUCAUUUUAGGUCACGUUUUAUGAGAGAACGGAAUAAUCAGGACGUAAGCAGUUUUGAAGACUCACAUGACUCUGAUUAUGGCAGUACUCAUAGGAGUGUCCGAUUCCAAGAAGAACCAAACACUCAGCCCAGACCUAAAAUAUUUGAUACCGAAGAAGUCACGAGAGGACCAUUGAGUGGAGUCAUUAAAUUGGUUGAUUCACCGGCUGUUAUGCAAAGACUUCAUCAAAAUGAAGUUCGACAAAAACAGAAAGAACAGGAGGCGGUCAGUGCACCCCCACCACCGCAACCAUUGUCUACACCCGUCUCUAAUACAACAUCACAAACAAUAAGGCGAUUGCCGUCCAGACAAGUGAGUGAAGAUGAAAUUGAAAAGCAAAAGAAAGCCAAUCAGGCGGCCGCUGCAGCACAGACUGCUAACCCACCCGCCCCAGUAUCAGCAACUCCUGCAACACAAUCACCAAAAACAUCAGUUCCUCAAUCACCAGUUACAACAGUUCCUGAUUCGCCCACAAGAAUCAUCAACAGAAGAUUAACUCAACUACAGAAAGAAGAUUCGAUUACUUCGAGAUAUAGUUCUGAUGGAUCACGACAUGGAUCCGAUAUCGAAGACAAUCAACCAGGAGAUGACUCGGAUACAGGAAUCAGUCGAUAUAGUCGACGACGAGAAGAGAGCCCGAGUUCUCGGAUCUCUGCUGUGAGACAAACAUCUACUCAAAGGUCUAUACGUUCGCCGCUGGGGAAGAACUCAUCGGUAGACAGAGACAGACACAGCAACACAAUCAUCGCACCGGUCGUUACUGAAUCACCGCAACAUAACACUCAUUUAGAGAGUACAACAGUUACUAAUAGACAACCAAUUGUUAGCCAACCAUCAGAUAAAACAAAUGCGAGAAUCAUUUCCACUGACAUCGACAGUGAUAAUAGUGACAGUAAUGCUAGCAAUGAGUCGAGUGCUGACUCACAAUCCGAAUCCGAUGAAGAAGAGGAAGACGAAGAAGAGGAGGACGAGGAAGAAGACGAAGAAGAGGAAGAAGAGCCAAAUACGAGAACAGCAGUUAGUGUCAGUAGUAGUCGUCCGCUGACCAGUAUUUCACAUGAGAGUGCUCAGGUGCGUAAGGCACAGGAAUCCAUCACCAAACCAGAAUCUCCUGUUCCCCAAAGAAUUUCCCGACAAAACACUUUGUCCGAUGACACCACUAAUGAGCGGCCCGUAUAUAAAGGGAGGCGAACUUCAGAUGCCACUAAAGAUGACUAUACAUCCUCUUAUCAAUCAAGACGACCAUUGAGUCGUGCGGCCACACUUGAUGACGAUCCCGAUGACGUGGUUAGCACUUCGACGCCAUAUUCACGAUUUCUAUCCCGAAGUAAAACAAGUUCAACAUUAGUAUCCAAUGACAAUACUGGUGGCGAUGACUCCAAAUUUACAUACAAUAGUACUACGAGAAGACCAGACAAAUUUGGUACGACUAGUAGUUCCUCAUAUCGCAGUCGUUUGGCUAAAAGCAAGAGUUCCCACUCUAUAUAUGGUUUUGAUGAUAGUGAUGAUGAAAAUGUAAAUCCAAUAUCACCCACAUAUAAGAGCAGAUAUAGUGAAUCUGUUUUACCCGCCAGAAGAACCUCCCGUUCCUCAGGAUAUACCUAUAGAACCCGGGAUCCGGGUAGUCCUCCAGCUGAAGAUGAUAUGGCUCAAUACUUGAUCAACAAAUACAGCUCUAAGACAUCGUCAGCCCAUAAGACAGAGCCAACAAAUAGGACGUCAUCUAUACUGAAAAGCAAGAGCUCUCACGUGUUAUUUGGCAGAAGUAUCUCGAGUUCCGAUGACGAGCCAUCUAUUGCCUCAUUGUCGGCCCGUCGCCGAAGUCGUGAUGAAAAUACUGCAUCAUUUAUGUCAUCAUUGACCACAUCGGGCAUCGGACUUACAUAUCCGAGACAAAUGUUUUUACAAAAAAGCCGUCUAAUGAUGAAAAUAGGAUCGCGUGGCACUGAUCCGGGCUGUUUCACUUGGCCUCGGGGUGUUGCCGUUGGCCCAAACAACAGUAUAGUAGUGGCCGACUCUUCCAACCAUAGGGUCCAAGUAUUUGACUCAACCGGCAGAUUUUCAUUCGAGUUUGGCUCCUAUGGUAGCGGAGAGGGAGAGUUUGACUGUUUAGCCGGUGUUUGUGUCAAUAGAAUCGGACAGUUUAUAGUCUCCGAUAGAUAUAACCAUAGGGUCCAGGUUUUUGAUAGCUCCGGAAGAUUUAUGCGAGCCUUCGGUAGUGAGGGUCGAUCUGAUAGUAAAUUCAGUUAUCCCUGGGGUAUAGCUUCUGACGCUCUCGGCUUUAUCUAUGUAUGCGAUAAAGAGAACCACAGAAUUCAAGUCUUUCAGUCGGACGGCCUGUUUGUUGGAAAGUUCGGUACAAUAGGAAGUAGGACUGGUAUGUUAGAGCACCCGCAUUACAUUGCCGUCAGUAAUACCAAUAGAGUCAUYAUCAGUGACAGCAAUAAUCAUAGAAUUCAAAUAUUUGAUGUAAAUGGGAGGUCACUCACAACAUUUGGCAGUGAAGGUUCAAAUGACGGCCAAUUUAAAUUUCCGAGGGGUGUAGCCGUCGAUGAUCAGGGAUUUAUAAUAGUAGGCGAUAGUGGCAACAAUAGGAUACAAAUAUUCAACCCCGAUGGCACAUUCUUGAAGUCGUUUGGGACGUGGGGUGCGGGAGAGGGAGAGUUCAAGGGCUUAGAAGGAGUAGCCAUAACAUCCACCGGCAAUAUCCUGGUCUGCGAUCGCGAGAAUCAUCGGAUUCAGAUGUUUUGAGUCACUAAAUAUUUUUUUGAUAACAUUUCUCGAUUGAUAUGCUUUUAAUGUACUGUUUAUUUUACUAUCGAUU